AUGGAUGACUCGGCCACCCCUAAAGAGGAGCUCGCGGGGGCCUGCGGUCGCCUCCCACCAGAAUUUAAAGUGGGAGGGGUAAGCAAGGCCCCCAACGGACUAGGCACCUGCUGGAUGCGGUGCCCCGUACAGGCGGCCAAGCAGUUGGUGGCCACCUCUAAGGCGUGGUGGGGGGGGGCCCGAGGGGAGUCCAUCGUCGAUCUGACGUGGGCGACCCCCGCGGCGGCCAUCAAGAUACAGGGAUGGCACGUGGACGCCAGCUCCCUGGGAGAACUUACGAACCAUCGCCUGGUCCGUAUGGAGCUGAUGUCCACCCCCGCGGUGUCACGAAGACGCCGCCGACGAGUUGGAACGUCGAUGGGCCCUGCGCAAGUUGGACCCCGGCGCCCUCGAGGUGAGCCUCCUCUCCUCCACCUGGCUGGAACGGCCCGCUCGGUGGAGGAGGAGGCCGAAUGGCUCGGGGAUGCCAUGUCGCACGCGUGCGACGCGUCGAUGUCCCUCUGCCGUCCUAUGACGAGGAGGGCAGUCUACUGGUGGUCCGAGGAGAUAACUGAGCUACGACGGAUCACCGUAGCUGCCCGACGGAGGUACACCCGCCGCAGGCGGCGGGGCACCGACGAGGAGGUGGAAGUGGCCGCCGGGGCGCUCCGUGAAGCUAGGACCGCCCUUAGGGCGGCCAACAGAAGGGAGAAGGCCAACGCUUGGCGCGACCUCGUCUCCUCCCUGGACAGGGAUCCGCCGUGGAAAAGGCCAAGUCUUGUCCUCCUCCGCAAGGAGGGCAAGCCAGCGGAGAGUCCUUAUAGGCCGAUAUGCCUGCUAGACGAUGCGAGCAAAUUGCUGGAGCGAGUCAUCGCUGCCCGCAUCGUCCGACACCUGUCCCGGGAUGGUCCCAAUCUAUCCCGCGGUCAGUAUGACUUCCGGGAGGGCCUGUCGACUAUCGAUGCCGUCAGACAAGUCAGAGCCCUCUCGGAGCAGAUGGCCGCGGGAGGGGAGGUGGCGUUGGCGAUGUCCAGGGACACUUUAAUAGCAUCCCAUGGGGCCGGGUGUUGGGCGAUGAGAGGACAUCACCUCUUGCCCCCCUACCUGGUCGCUAUUAUAGAGGAUUAUUUCCGGGACAGGCAGCUGGAGUUCCAUAACAAAAUGGAACUCCAGCAGCGGAGGGACGUGUCGUGCGGCGUUCCACAGGGGUCCGUGUUGGGCCCCCUACUUUGGAACGUCGCAUACGACCACGUUCACCGCGCGGCCCUACCCCCUGGCUGCCACGUCGUCUGUUACGCGGACGACACGCUAGUGAUGGCCGGGGGCACGACCUGGGAGAGAGCCGUGGGAACGGCGAACGUCACAGUGGCGUGUGUGGUCGGCUUCAUAAAGGAGUUGGGCCUGAGGGUGGCCCCUGCUAAAACGGAGGCCUUGUUCUUCCCCGACGUCCCGCGAUGGGAUGAGCGUGGUGCCCCCUCAGACACAUAUUGUGGUGGACGAUGUCCGCGUCCCGGUGGGGUCUACCAUAAAGUAUUUGGGCCUCACCGUGGAUGGUCGCUGAGGCUUCGUCGAACAUUUCGACGAGCUAGCCCCGCGGUUGGGCCGCCGAGCAGACGCUCUGCUCGGCCUCAUGCCCAACCUCCACGGUCCGAACGAGUCGGUCAGGCGGGAGUAUAUGCACGCCGUCCUGUCCGGGGCCUUUUACGGGGCUCCGGUUUGGAGUGGGAAGGCUCUGGCCAGCCGCCGAAUAAAGCAGAAGUUGCACAGCGUCCAACGGCGGCUGGCCUUGCGUAUCUGUAG